AUCGGUCGAAGCUGCUCCCGUUCGGCCUCGUCGAGUACAUUUCAAUUUGCGGGACCUGCAGGAAGUGAGCGCGGAGCAGACAGCUCAGGGGAGGACUUGCCAUGCUUUCGCUUGCUCCAUGCAAAAUUGUUUCGGUUUAGCUCAACUCUAUGCCUAUCUCAACAUUCCGUUUCUGGCUAUGAAAGGUGACGUGCUAGAGCGUCAACUGAGCGAGACUCGGCGGGUGCUCUCGGCCAUGACGCUGGAAGUGGAGGAAGGGAUCGACCGGGGGUCUUGGGGGGACUAUGUGGCCGCUUUACGGGCCAAGGAAGAAGACCACGCCCCCGUGAUCGAGAAAAGUAACAAAGAAGCGCGGAAGCCGCAGAGCGUCAGGGUCCUCCCAGAUACCGUCGUCCCAGGUACCUCGAGGGAAAACACUGGAGUGACUCGCAGCAAAGGAGAGGGGCACAAGCCGGUCGGCCACGUCUCCUCGCCGGCGGCGGCGGUGGCGUCAAAGCACCCCAGGCCGAUCCAGGGAGACCCGCAAGCGUGGCCUGGUGUUACUUGCAGAUCGACGCAAGGGCCUCAGCGGUCCUCCGUGCAAGAAAGUGGACUAGUGGACGUAGAGGACUUCAAAUUUCAGCCGAGGGAGGGGAAUGAACAGAAUGAGCUGACGCUCUUUUUGGCGGAAGCUGAGGGGGGAUCUACCGAGGAUGAUAUGAACGAGGAGCGGAGGCGACAAAGCCUAAGGUCUUGCUUGAAGCCAGGGUCGCUGGCGUCAUUGAGCGAGGCACAGCGCCGGGCGACGGGUGUGGUCGGAUCGGGAGACGUUAGGGAAGGAGAUGAGGGAGAGGAGGACGAGGACCUGCCUGCCGAGGAGGGCGAGCAGCGCUACGUAGGGCUCAGGCCGGUGAACUUGCCCGCUAAGGAUAUAUCACUUUCUGAGCGUGGCUGUAAUGCUGACAGAGGGAAGGGCUCUCUGUCCGAUGACCAGAAAAAAGGGCUUGUGGGGCCUUUGUCGGUGCAUGAGGAUGGGUUGGGGGUCUGGAUGACAGCGCAGGGAAAGGAGAGCGACGGAAAAGACGAUAUAGAUAUUCCCGCAGGGCUUCCACUACCACUCCACUCUCUCGACCUCUCCCAGGCAGACUCAUCUGAAGGGGAGGAUUGUGACCAAGGAAUUUUUAACCGUAAAAUUCAGCAACCUGGCGACUCAAGUCUACAGAGGACUGGAAAUAACAUGGAAGGAUCCUUGUCUUCAUUUUCAAACUCUUCAACUACUGCAGCUCCUCUUCCUCUAGAAGGCCUGGCCGACAAGACUGAUUUUGUCCUCAGUAAAGCGGCUCGAGCGGCCAUCGCCGCCACAAUGGAGGAAUUGAACGGUCGAUCGCCCGGGGAAGAUUUAGCUAAUGGGGACUUAUCAAGACGAGAACAGCGGUCUGCCGGGAAAAUGAAGACGAAAGCCUCAGAGGGAAAACGGAAAAGGAGGAAUAGCUCGGGAAAUGGGGGACAAUCUGUGUGAUACGAAAGAAAGCCGAAAAUCAUGUA